CAUUCUCUAACCCACGCACCGUUUUAUCUCUCUACAUCUUCUCCAACAGUCUAACGCAGUCUUUUCAGUUUUCUCAGUUUCAGGGAUCCAAAACCUCUCUCAGUCAUGGCUUCGAACCGCUCUCCGUUCCCAAACAGAAAUAAAAUAUCUUUCUGCUAACAAAAAACCAACCAUGGCUUCUCGCUUUGACCAUCCUCCUUCCCCGCACCACAGUUUUAAGAUCUGCAACUCUCUUUUAAAAGCACCUGCCUUGAUCGGAGCCAACCACACCUCCGCUCGAUUCUGCUCUCGCUAAACCAAACACUAAACCCUUCUUCCUCUUCCAAUAGGAUUAUUCAAUUUUCAGAAAUUCAAUUCAUUGUUUGAUUGAUUGUGAGAAAAACCCAGAAUUCUCUCUUUUUUUUUUUCUUUUUUUUUUUUCUGUGAAAAAGGUGUAUAUUUGACAGAGAUGGAGCCAACCGCAGGCAAGCCAGGCCUUCUGAAGAACGUUCUGGUACGCUGCUUCUUAUUCGGCGUUUUGAUCGUACUGUGCCGUUUUGCCUACGUCGUCACCGUCACCGGCGAGUCGUGCAAGCUCGGCAACUUCUGCUUCUUGUCUCUGCCUGAAAAUCUCAACUUCGUUAUUGCGAGAACCGGUGGUCCGGCCAUAGCCGCCAAAAACGGCGUCGUACCUUCUACUUCGGCGGGGUCCUCGCGACCGGAUCUCUACACCAGCAAGGACUGGAUCAAGGCCGUCCAUUUUUACUCCUCCGUCUUCCAAGAUCUCAUGGCGCAAGGCUUCCUCUCUCGGAAGGCCAAGUCUCUGUGCGUAGAGACCCCGACCGGGCAUGACGUGUACGCUCUGAGAGAGUCCGGGGUCAAGGGCGCCGUCGGUAUUUUCAAGAAAGCCUCGAGGCCUCUGGUAAUUCCAGGCGACCCGCACCGUUUACCGUUCGGUGACAAUAGCUUUGACUUCGUUUUCUCGGGCGGAGGCAGAUUCGAUAAGUCGCCAAAGCCGUCGGAUUUCGCCGCAGAGAUCGCACGGACACUGAAGCCUGAAGGGAUUGCGGUGGUCCAUAUCGGCGCGAAAGACACCUACAGCUUCCAUUCGUUUAUUGAUUUGUUCAAUUGCUGCAAGCUCGUGACUUCGCGCGACGUCGAGGGUUUCGAUGAUUCCAUGCCCAAAAUUCGCGAGAUGGUGUUAAAGAAGGAGUGUGGUGAUGGUGAGAUUGAGCUUCUGAGCAAUACUAGGGCUGAGAACGGUGGUGGCAAUUUGGGUAAUAAAUGCUCGGUUCCUGGGCAUAAGCUAGAGUUGGUCAGGAAAGCCGAGCCUUUGAUUGAAACAGAGCCGUUGAAGCCGUGGAUUACUUUGAAGAAGAAUAUACAGAAUGUCAAGUACCUUCCAGCAAUGGUGGAUAUAAGCUUUAAGAAGCGGUAUGCUUAUGUGGAUGUUGGAGCUAGAGGCUAUGGCUCCAGCAUUGGCAGCUGGUUCAAGAAGCAAUACCCAAAACAGAACAAGACUUUCGAAGUGUUUGCCAUCGAGGCCGAUAAAACUUUUCAUGAGCAGUACAAGUUGAAGAAGAGGGUUACUUUGCUGCCUUAUGCAGCUUGGGUGAGGAACGAAACACUGUCGUUUGAGAUUAACGGUGACCCGGGCGAGAAGGUGAAGGAGAAAGGCAGAGGUAUGGGGAGAAUUCAGCCGGCGAAGUCUGCUGAUGGCGGGUUUAAUGGGGAGGUGGAUCGAAUUCAGGGGUUUGAUUUCGCAAAUUGGUUGAAGAACACCUUUUCGGAGAAGGAUUUCGUGGUGAUGAAGAUGGAUGUGGAAGGGACCGAAUUCGAUUUGAUCCCGAGGCUGUUUGAGACAGGAGCCAUUUGUUUGAUCGAUGAGAUUUUUCUGGAGUGCCAUUACAAUAGGUGGCAGAGGUGUUGCCCUGGUGAGAGGAGCUCAAAGUAUGAGAAAACUUAUGGUCAAUGCAUGGACCUCUUCACUUCACUGAGGCAAAGUGGAGUUCUUGUUCACCAAUGGUGGUGACAUUUACAGAGAGACAUGGGAGCUUGUUGUUCCAAGGAAGGGUUGUAUGGAGGCGGGUACAUAGAGGAUGAUCGUACGAACAAUCGGC